CGUCUUCCUUCUUUUCCGUUUGGAGUUCAACCUUGCGUGCUUGUUCUCUCUUCGAGCUAAGGCCACAUCGGCGACUUGCACAUUUUUCAAAAUCCAUCCACAGGGUUUGAUAAUAAAUAACGUUUGGCAACAUGUCUACAAAGGCUGAACUCGCUUGCGUUUAUUCCGCACUUCUUCUCACCGACGAUGACAUCGCAGUGACUGGUGAGAAAAUUCAAACCAUCCUGAAAGCUGCCAAUGUCGAUGUCGAGCCGUACUGGCCCGGUCUCUUCGCCAAGGCCCUCGAGGGUCUGAACGUGAAGGACCUCAUCACCAACAUUGGAUCUGGAGUUGGAGCUGCUCCUGCUGGAGGUGUUGCCGCUCCAGCUGCUGCAGCUGGCAGUGAUGCCGCCCCAGCCAAAGAAGCUGAGAAGAAAAAAGAAGAACCAGAGGAGGAAUCCGAUGAUGACAUGGGCUUCGGUCUCUUUGACUAAGGGGGCACCCUGGACUGUGUGUCUUUUAUAUUGUGCAUAUUUUGUACGAUAAAAAAACUGUAAAAUAAAAAAAAAUCAACAAA